AUUUUUAUUUAAUGUGCAGAGCUUUUUGUUUUCAUCGCGUCCAUAUUGGUCCAUAUGGCUCCACUGUUACCAACAUUGCAAAACAACAACAUUUUUACAGAAUCUGCUGAACAAAAAUUAUCCACAUAACGUUUUUUUGUGAAUUACAAGCUUAUACGGUAGCAGAAUGUCUGGAUUGCCAAGGUGGUUGCGUAAAUUGAUCCGUCGCAGAAUGAAUCCUGUGCCAGUCUCAAAAGCUAUCAGUACAAGAGACAAAUUAUCCUUAUUCUACAUGUUUGUUGCGUGGAACGUCUUCUUUGUAGCUGGCUAUCAUUUCUACACCAAAGGCAGAGUGGACAAAGGGGAGAAUACUGGCAAAGCGUGGGCGCAGUACUUGGGCUUAAGAAACGUAACCAUACACAAAUACCAAGGUUUCUCAAAAAUUGGAGUCGAAGUUCUGGAUGAAGAGCAAAAGGAAGCCAGUGCUAGUGGUUAAAUUAUGUGCUUAAAUUUUGAGAAACUGCAUUUCUGUAACUGUAAAUAAAGUUUGCUUUGGUUAAGUUUUUAUGAGGAGAAAUGUCAGUAUUUUGGAAAUAUAGUUUUAUUAUAAAAUACUUUAAAAACAUUGUGAACGACACCAUUUUAUCAAUAAAAUGUAAAUAGCUGAAAUCAGCAGGUCAACAGGCAAAUUUUAUAAAUAGCUUAUUUUAUGUGUGGAGCUUACAUGGUAUAUUUGGAUCACACUUUCGUCUCCAUGUUCUGGGCUAAGGCCACUUCCUUCAAAGCGUCAAUUUCUGUUAUGGUAACGCCACUGUGCCGCUCCGAUAAUCUCUGGUCCAUUUCGCACAGCAGCGCUGACCUAUACAAGCAAAACUCUGAUAUAAAGAUAAUCACAUAAAAGGUUUUGUUUUCCGACCUGUAUGUUUCAUAUCGCAUGACAAUCUCCUCAAGACCCUGUUUGUACAGCCUUUUUAAAUAAGCGUCAAAGCAGUCCAGUUGUGGUAGCUUGAACAUAUCCCACUUCAAUUUGUGGUCAAACUCCUGAGCUGCCAUGAAGUAAACCACUAGCCAAUGAGGGAUUUCUGCAUCAUAAAAAAAAUUAAGUUCUUGUUCAACUGAAUUUGAAUGUGAAAUAUGCCUUGAUUAAGAUAGGGGUUGGCAGGAACUAAGACACUGUGCGGAUGGAAGUGUGUGUGGCGUGGCGGCGGCAAGGGCGACAUCAUUCUUGGCGCUAUGUCCAUCUGGAUACGCACUUCGGGUUGAUAGAUGUAGUGUGGCGCGCAGGGAUGCUCGUACUGAGCUUGUCUUGUAAUGUGACUGGAAAUAAAGAAUCAUAAAAAUAAAAUCCAAUUAA